CGCGAAGCCGCACGACAACCUAUCAAUUGUAAAUGUAUGAUUUUCUAGUUGACGCUGAAAACUUAAAAAUAUUCCAUUAGAUUAUAAGUUUGUAAAAAUUAAAGGUCUCCGUAAGAGCUAAUCAUCAAUAAAUAAAUGAAUCUGUUAGACGAUGUGGAUAUUAGAUGAGUGGAUUUAUAAUUAAGUUCGCUCCAAUCAAGGUGCAAGAUUCCUUGGCAAAGGAGGCGUAGUGUGAAUCUAUUAAUUGUUUAGUUUGCUAACGAGAUGCAGUCGCAAUGCUUGAAAGUGGUCUUCGCUGCAAAUCGUUUGCUGGUGAGAAAUUACGGAGGACCUCCGCCUAGGCUUCUCAGGAAGUACGAACUUUUCCAACAGGAUAACGGCCUUCCCGUUCACAUUAAAGGCGGAUUCGCCGAUAAAGCCCUCUUCACCCUCACCGCAGUUUUGAUUGCAACUGGAACCCUCGAAGGUUAUCGCACUCUCUUCAACAUGGCUAAACCGAAAAAGAUCAAGUAAUCGCUGUUAUAUUCAAGUGUUAUGUAAAUAACUUUAGUUUAGUAAUUAUAUUCGUUAUAUAACA